UGUCCCUCGCCCGGUGCUGGUGAGCGGCUGGAAGCCGCGCCUUCGGCUCCGCCGCCUCCUCCCUCUCCGCACGACGGAUCCGCGGCCGCCGCUGCAUGGCUGACAUGGAAGACGAGCUCAAGUGCCCGGUCUGCGGCUCCUUCUACCGCGAUCCCAUCAUCUUGCCGUGCUCGCAUAAUGUGUGCCUGCCGUGUGCGCGCACCAUCCUGGUGCAGACCCCCGAGGCCGAGCCGCCGUCGCCUCAGGGCCGGCCGCCGGCCUCGGCCUCGGCCUCCGACUACGACUACCUGGACGUGGACAAGAUGAGCGUGUACAGCGAGGCGGACAGCGGUUACGGCUCGUACACCAGCUUCGCGCCGCCCGUUGCCAACCAGAAGUCGCCGAACGGGGUGCGCGUCUUCCCGCCGGCGCCGCUGCCGCCGCCGCCGCUCCGCCACUCGAGCCUGACGUGCCCGCAGUGCCACCGCAGCGCGCUGCUGGAGGAGCGCGGCCUCCGCGGCUUCGCCAGGAACCGCCUGCUGGAGGCCAUCGUCGGCCGCUACCAGCAGAGCCGCGCCGUGGCCGCCCGCUGCCAGCUGUGCGAGCGCAACCCGCAGGAGGCGGCCGUCGUGUGCGAGCAGUGCGACGUCCUCUACUGCGAGCCGUGCCAGCGGCGCUGCCACCCGGCCCGCGGGCCCCUGGCCAAGCACCGGCUCCUACCGCCCGCCCAGGGCCGCGCCGCCGGCAAGGCCGCCCCUCGCAAGAUCGCCACCUGCACGGAGCACGAACUGGAGAACCACAGCAUGUACUGCGCCAACUGCAGGAUACCCGUGUGCUAUCAGUGCCUGGAGGAAGGCAAGCACAGCAAGCACGACGUGAAGGCACUGGGAGCCAUGUGGAAGCAGCAUAAGGCCCAACUAUCUCAAGCAUUAAGUGGUGUUUCUGAUAAAGCAAAGGAAGCCAAAGAGUUUUUAGUGCAUUUGAAAAACAUGGUACAACUAAUUCAGGAGAAUGGUGUGGAAUUUGAAGCUUGCCUUGUGGCACAGUGUGAUGCACUUGUUGAUGCAUUAAAUCGUCAAAAAGCAAAAUUGCUUACUAGAGUUACCAAGGAACGUGAGUUUAAAUUAAAGGUUGUUCGGGACCAGAUAAGCCACUGCACAUUGAAGCUUCGUCAAACAACUGGACUCAUAGAAUACUGCCUAGAAGUACUAAAAGACAAUGACUCCAGUGGAUUCCUACAGAUCUCAGAUGCAUUAAUCAAGCGUGUGCAAGUGUCUCAGGAGCAGUGGGUUAAAGGAGCUUUAGAACCCAAAAUAAAUCCAGAAUUUGAUCUGACGCUCGAUAAUAGCCCAUUAUUGCAGUCAAUUCACCAACUGGACUUUAUUCAGAUGAAAAUUCUUUCUGCAGUGCCACCUGUGCCAAUUCUACAGCUGGAGAAAUGUUGUACCCAUAACAAUAAUGCCACACUUGCAUGGAAGGCACCUCCACUCAACCAGACUCAGAUUGAAGGCUAUAUCUUAGAACUUGAUGAUGGAAAUGGUGGGCAGUUUCAAGAGGUGUAUGUUGGCAAAGAAACUGUGUGCACAGUGGAUGGACUUCAGUUCAACAGUGCUUACAAUGCAAGAGUAAAAGCCUUUAAUUCAGCAGGUGUUGGACCUUACAGUAAAACAGUUGUGUUGCAGACAUCUGAGGUGGCUUGGUUCACCUUUGAUCCCAGUUCUGCUCAUCCAGACAUCCUUCUAUCCAACGAUAACCUAACAAUUACGUGUAAUAGCUAUGAUGAUCGGGUUGUGCUGGGAUCUGUCGCACUCUCCAAAGGAAUCCACUACUGGGAACUAUCUGUCGAUCGCUAUGAUAACCACCCGGACCCAGCUUUUGGAGUGGCAAGAAUUAACUUACUAAAGGAUAUAAUGUUGGGCAAAGAUGAUAAGGCCUGGGCCAUGUAUGUUGACAACAAUCGCAGUUGGUUUAUGCACAGCAAUUCCCAUACAAAUAGGACUGAAGGUGGGAUUUGUAAAGGUACAACAAUUGGUGUUCUGUUGGAUCUCAACAAGCGCAACCUCUCAUUUUACAUCAACAAUGUGCAGCAAGGCCCUGUGGCCUUUGAAAAUUUGGAAGGCAUCUUUGUUCCUGCUGUCAGCAUUAAUAGGAAUGUCCAGGUGACUCUUCAUACAGGACUGGAAGUUCCAAAUCAUAUCAAACAAGUCAAAUCCUCAUUAUCCUACAGCCCCAAAAGCAAGACCAAGUACUGACACUUCAGCAACCAGCAAAAUGACAGUCAAUUCAGGUACAAAACAUUUCAAAACUCCCAAUACCAAAUACAGAAAAUAGACUAGAAAACCUUUAAAAAUCUUAGCUCAGUAAAUCUCAGUUGCACGUCACUGGUAUGAAUUAGAACUCUAGAACUACUGGCAGUCAUAUAGCAUUCACAUCAGUUUUCACUAGUAACAAGCUUUAGUUACUCGUAUGCCAACCUGUUGUGUUAGAAAACAUGGAUAACUGAGAUCUCUACACUGAUAGCAGACUUGUGCCAAGCAGUCUGUUACCUUUUUUUAAAAAAAAGUACAUCAGAUUAUGAGAUGAUAAAAUUUCAUUUUCAGUGAGGAACGUAAAACAAUUCUGAGACGUUUCGAUUUCUUUUCAAAAGGUAAUAACUUCCUUUUGGUCAACAAGAAACAUAAUUUGAACGGGGACCUUCAUAUACACCAAGGGAGAAUUUUUUGCUUCCAUACAGCCAUUCCCGAUGGUUGAUGAAUAUCAACCAAUUAAAUGAAGUGUAUUAAGAUGGGACACCAAGCAUUUAAAUUGGUUAGAAGCAAAGUGAAGAGGAUCCUUUACUUCAGUAAAUCCUGGCAGUCUGUAAAAUUGCAAUGCCUUGGGUGUUGAUGGAGGAAGCAAUUAACUAGCUUGCUUGAGCAGCCAGUACAUUUGUUACUUGCUCGGUACUGCUGUAGUCUCCUGAUUGAUUGGUCAAUGCUAGGAAAGUUCUCAUCAACAACUCAGGAUUUCUGGAGAGCAAGUAAAUGCAGGUCUAGUGGCGUUUUCACAGCGGGUGAGGGCUGGCUUGCCUUCCCUCUGCUACUUUCUGUUUCUUCAAGUAAAAGUCAGACAGGGAAACCAUUUUAUAUCUCUUUAGAAUGGAGCAACAGGAUAGAGAAAACUCCCACAGGAUUUUAUCUGGGAGAGGAGGAAACCAUUGGCCUAGAAAAGAAAGGGUGAGCUGUCCAAGUCCUUUGUGGGAUUGCUUUACUUUUUCCAAUAGUUUGACCCAUGGAGAGGGCUUGAUGCCACUGUUGGGAUGCCUGCUAAAGCAUCAGAACUUAACCUCUAUCCAUGCUCGAUAUUAACUUGUAUUUGGGGGAAUGUGGUAGGAUUUGUUAAUGUAAAAUAUGGGGAAGUUAUUUUUUAAAGGUAUAUAGGGGUUAAAAUCCAAUUUCACCAGGCAGCUAAUGAUGCUCUCUAUUGAUUUUCCAAAAUAUGGACUUUAAAUAAUAUUCUCUUUGAUAGGAGGAAAACAUUUAAGCAAAAAAGAUUAAAUGUGAAUUGCCAGAAUUACUGUCUCUGAUAACUGGCCUGCGCUUUUGCAAUGUAAACUGUGAAAUUGCUGUUUCAGCAUUCACCAAAACAAAUAUGAAACUGGUUACUAAAAUAGCUUUAAGCUAGUCUCUACAUGACUUUGAUUCAUUUUUCUGGUUGCUGAGGUGCCAUAAUCAAGGUUACCUUUGAAAUUGCUGACUACAUACAUCCUCAGCAAUGGGAGAUAUCCGUGAUUCUGUUCCUUUGGCAAAAUCCCAAACUUUUGGUUGAGAUCUCCAAGGAGGGGAAGGGACAUGUGAAAGGCCAAAUCCACUACUACUGUUCCUGAGCAUCAUCUUGUGGCCGACUGGAGAUCUACAUUUCCAGACGCCCUGUCCAAUCAUGGAUCGGCUGAAAGGACCAAUGUAAAAUUAGAAAUACAUGCCGAAGUAUUUCAGAACCAGAAUCAAUGCACUUGUUUCCAUUUACUUUGCUAUAUUAACCAUAAAGUAUUCACAGUAUGAGAAGAUAGUUUACGGGAAACUAUAUGGAAGGAAACAGUACAGAUAUAAGCUAAAUACUGAAAGUUUGUAUAAAUAUAAGUGUUUUGUGAUUGUCAUUGCAAGUGUCUGUUUUGCUAAUGUUUGUCAUUUUGUAUUGUUUCGAAGGUAAAGUGGCGUUAGUGGCGGACACCAGAAAUGUUUAAAAUAUUGCAGGUGUACGUUGCUUUGCAUGGAUAAUUGAACAGAAUUUGCUGAUGUUGUGGACACUAUUUACCUGAUUACGCACUUUGGUGACGCUACUUAAUUUGAUGAUGUGCAAAAUUUUGAUAAGGUCUUGGAUAGAAUUUAAGUAUAAAACUUUAAAACUCUUAACAUUGACCUAGUUGAUCAAACCUUUAUUAAAUAAUGAAGGCACAAGAUUCUGUGGAUGCUAGAAUCUGGAGCAAAAAACAAACUGCUAGAGGAACUCAGUGGGUCAGGCUGCUUGACCUGCUGAGUUCCUCCAGCAUUUGUUUUUUGCUGUUUAAAUAAUGAUAUUGGUGAUACCAGUCAGUCACGGAGCUGGCAUCGCCGACUGUUAUUUUCAUACUGGGUCUGCAUAUUUGAGGUCCAAGGGAUAGGAUCUCAGCAGGUGAUCUUCUGCUAAACUUUGGGAGGAGGUCAGGAAAAAUUCUGGCAGAAGAUCUUCCUACACAAACGUUUAAGCAGGAGAUUGGAAGAAACCUAGGAAUAUUCUAUCCUGUGGCUAACUUCCAACUGGAAAGGUUCCUCCCCACCCAACGGGUUUGCAUAUCCUUGCUUUGUUAAGUGUGCAUCUAAAACCUGCAAACCUACCAGUGUGGGGAAAAGUGAAUCCUCAGCACAUCUGCUAGUGGGUUGGAUUGAAUUUCAAUUUGUGUACUCUGUGGGCCCUAUAACUGAAGAUGCCAUUCUAAUGAACCAUUUAUGUGAAACAUAUUUUUGGAUGAUUGCAUUAAUUCUGGUGAAAUUAAUCUGCAGAGUUCUGUAGACAUGAGUUGAUUGACUACUUGAGAGCAAGUUUCCUGGAAAUGAGCAAAAUAAUUUUUCAUUGCACUUAAAUUUUCCCUGUCAAAAGACUGCACCUUGUAAAUCAGGUUAUGAGUAAUCCUUUGUUAAAUGCUUAAUAGUAUAUUCCCUGUAAUCACAGCAGUUCUGUUUAUAUUAAUGAAGAGGAGUAGGUGAAUCAGUGUAUCUCUGAAGUAAUAGCUUGUGAAUUCAAACCACGUGCCAAAGGGGUUAAAUGGAUAAUCCAGGCUCACGGUCCAGGCCAACGCUGUUGGAGAUGUCAUACACUCGAUGAUGUUAAAUCCAGGCCAGGAAGGUGGCUUGUUCAACAAUUCCAUUCUAACCAACACUGCUUUAAAAAAUGACUGGUGAUUGAUUUCAUUGUUGUGUUCACAGUUAUGUGUGGGAUCUUGCUGUGUACAGUUAGGCUGCUAUUUACCAGCUGAAUAAUUCAUUGUUUACAAAGUGCUUUGAAUUGCGAUAAAAUGUUAUAUAAAUGCAAAUCAUCUUUGUUUACAAGGAACAUUGAUCCCAAAGAGGAACAAUGCAUACUUUGGUGGUUCCAUCCCAUCAACCACAGUCGAUCACUUCCCUUUGACCAAAUAAUCCGUAUUUUCUCUGCCUCCAGCAGUGUGUGGAUGUUGAAUGGAAUUUAAAAAUUGACCUUGUACAGUCUGCGUUGAACAGAAGAGCAUUCUUAAUCCAGUGCUCUAACUGUUCUUAUCGUGCUGUAGGAUCACAGCACUACUUUAGGGUAUGUGAGCAGAGUAAUGAAAUCAAGUUCAAAAUCCUGUGGUGUUUUAAAGACAUUGGACAUUCUUUCCCACUGUUGCUCUGUAAAGGAGGAAACACAGCUACACAUUUCAGUGAUGUGUACAAGCAGAUGAUUUUUUCAGAAAUGUGAGGACAAGGUGUAAAGCUAUACUUCAUUCACUAGUGAGGUCAGAGCACUGCAUUGAAGCUUGAGCAGAGUACUGAAUGAAGUACUUUUGGAGUGUGGUAAGGAAAGUGAGUAAGCAAACAUUGUACAGCAAACUUUCACACAGAGUUACAAGACCAACCGGAAUAAAGAGAAAAUGUUGGACUUACUCAGCUGGUCGGGCAGCAUCUGUGGAGAGAGAAACAGUUGAGUUGAUGGCCUUUCAUGUAAACUAGCAAAGGGAGAAAAUAAGCAAGCUUUAAGUUGCAGAGAGGUGGAGAGAACAAAGAGGAUGUUGUAAUAGAGAGGAGACCAAGAUUGCCCAGGUGAUGCAUUUGCUGUUGGCAUCGUCUAUGAGGGGGUGAUGAUAGCUUGCUAGUCCUAACUGAUCUGAUCGGAGCAGUGUAAGUGGAUGGAGAUUAAUGAGAGCAGCCAACUGAAAGAAAUGGUAGAACAGGGAGCUGCAGAACAUUACAGUUGUUGGAAAUCUGAAAUAAGAGAGAAUGCUGGAAAUACUCAGCAGAUCAUAUUGUAUCAGAGGGGGAAGAAAAGCUGAGUUACUGUUACAAGUGGAUGGCCCUGCAUCAGAAAUGGCUCAUUCUGAUACAAACUGGAAAGACUAGGUAUCUAAAAUUGUAGGAAGCCAAAGAUCAGUGGGAGUGGGAUGGAGAAUUAAAGUGACAGGCAAUUGGAAGCUCAGUGUCACCCCUGUGGACUGAACGGGUGUCCUGCGGAGCAUUCACCCAAUCUGUGUUUGAUUUCUCCAAUGUAGAAGAGAUCACUUUGAGAGAACCAAAUGUGAUAAAAUAAAUAGGAAGAAUUGCGAGUGAGUUUGCUGCUUGCCUACGAGGAAUAUUUAGGUUCCUCGUAGGUGGGAAGGGAAGAGGUAGAAGAGCAGCAAUUAGAUCCCCUGUCCUUAUAUGGGAAUGUGUAGGUGGUGGGCAUAGAGUUUGCAGAGGGAACUGAGUGGAAUGUGAAGGGGGAAACCCAUCCUUCUGGCUCGGAGCAGAGGGACUGAGAGCAGCAGUGGAGGAAAUGGAGGAGACGCAGUUGAAUCCUAUGUCGUCUCUGGUAGAGCGGAAACCACAGUAAGAGAAAAGAAAGACAACACAGAGGUAACUGUGGAAAGGCCCAUCAUCAGAACAGAUACGACAGAGCCGGAGAAACUGUGAGAAUGGAAUGGAGGAAGCAGGAUUUAAGAAGAUGUAGUCAAGGUCAGAGCUUUCCUUGUCUUCACCUUUAAACCACCAACUUCCACAUUCAAUGGUUCAUCCUCUGUAAUUUCCACCACCUUCAACGAGAUACCACCACCAGCUACAUUGUCCCCUCCACUUCCCUGUCAACAUUCUGACAGGACUGUUCCCUCCGUGACUCCCUGGUUCGCACUUCUGUCUCCACCAAACACUUCCCUUCUCCCAGCAAUUCCCCAUGCAACAGCAGAAGAUGCAACACCUGCCUUUUUAUCUCUUCCUUUCCCACCAUCCAGUGACCUAAACAUUCUUUUAAGAUGAACCAGCAAUUCACUUGCGUUUGUUCUAAUUCGGUGCAUUGUAUUUAGUACUCGCAAUGCGGUGGUGUCUUCACUGGAGAAACUGAGAGCAAAUUGGGGUGACCCGCUUUGCAGAACACCUCCAUUCAAUCUGUGAGGGUGGGCCCAAUUUACCAGUUGGCUGUCACUUUACUUCUCCUUCCCAAUCCCACUCUGUCUUUAGCCUACACGGUUCCAAACUUGAGGAAUACCACCUUAUCUUCCACCAAUGUAUGUUGCAGCCCUUAGACUUAAUGUUGAAUUAAAUAGUUUCAGAUCACCAGCCUUUCCUGAUUGUGUCAGAACUGGCCAGUUCCAAUGGAAAAUUAACUCAGAUUUUCUACUAAUCUUCUGAGUAUUCACAGCUUUCCAGCAACUGCUGUGCUCUCUGUUUCAUUGUACCACCACUUUUUUCUCUGUACUCUUCUCAUUCAUCUCACUCUUUAUAUGUUUCUAAACAGAGCAGCAACAAUAAGCAAGCAUUUAUUACCCAUUCUUUGAUGGCACCAACAGCAUUAAUGUUACCUGGACAACCUUGGACCUCAUGGAGGCAACCUUGGUGUCCACCUUAUCACAGAAAUUCCCUUUGUUCCCCAUUUAAAACCUUAAAACACUUUUUUUUCUCACUUUUCCAGUUCUGAUGAAAGGUCAUCAACCUGAAGCAUCAAGGUUGUUUCUCUCUUCACCGAUGUUAAAAAAUCUUCAGCAUUUUCUGCUUAUAUUUUGGGUUUCCAGGAUCUGUAAUUGUUUUGCUUUCUAGAUGUGGCAUGAAGGCUAAAUGUUGACAGGGAUAAAUCUGAAGACCAAGGAGAAAAGAGUAUUUUAUAGUUGCAUUAUGAAGUACAAAAGCAAGAAUUGAACAAAUUUUAUAUGAAUUCCAUUACUUAGCCCAUAGCUGUGCCAGUCCCUUAUGUUAGUAAAGAUGCCAAGGUCACAGAAGAGAUUUAUUAGGAUCAUAGUAUGGAUGAGAAACAUUGGGGAGGAGUGAGAGAAACUUUGAUUUUUUUUCAUUAGAACAACAAAAGAUCUGAGAGUGGAAUUUAAAAUCAAGUUUAUGAUAAAGGGUCAAUCUAUUUCUGAAGAUUAGAGAGCUAAAGGGGAAAAAGUAGAUAGGGUUAUCAGCAGAACAAAUGGAAGCAUUAAGAGACAUUUCUUUAUGCAGAGAGUAGUUAAAAUGUACAAUGUCCUACACAAAUGAUGAACACAAUACAUACAAGCUUUUAAAAGGGAUAUGCAAGGUACUAUAACUGAGAAUGGCACAGGCAUGAUGAGUGUGAAUAUGCUCUGAUUCUCUCAUUUCACCAUUUGCAGAGGAAUGUAUUAGUUGCUGAAGUGGUUGACUACAUCAAGUAAUUGAAAUAGUCUAUAACCUUUUACUUCACAGCUUUUGAUACCACUUCAACAACCCCAAGGAACACAUUAAUUUCAGAAGAUGUUGAGUGUACAAAGUCCACAGAGGUUGCUUGAUGCAAAAUCCAUUGGAUAAGCAUCACAGUAAAUAUUCCUCCUUCCCCCAUCCCCUCUUAUUUUUGUUUUGGGAGAAAAAGUGUUUGUGAUGCUGUUAAACUGCAAUCUAGUUGCAGCAAAGUAUUGGUUGCAUAUGUGUUGAGAUGGAUUAGCAAUUGAUAGUAACCCUCCAGAAGACCCCUGUCCUCCUUAGAUAAACAAUAAAUAUAUGGCACUCUACGAAUGCAGGUUAAUGCUGAAGUCGCUAAAUUUUUAAACCUCAUUCUUCAUGGUGUCAGUUCUGUAAACUUUCUCCUAAAUGCAAAUUCCUUAAAGCAAAGCUGUUUAAUUCCUUAAUAACAAGUAAGCAAGCUUAGAUCUCGUUCUCAAAAACGGGUAACAUUGUCAAGUUUUUAAUAUCACAAGCUGUUUUAUACAAAAUCUCUUUUGAAUGCAUUGUUCUAAACUAUUAUUAGUGGACCAUUUAAUACAUUUAGAAACUAUUUGUAAUCAGUAUUAAAUAAGGCACACUAUACCGCAGGACAGAGAGUAUUAACAGAUUGAUUGGAUGUUGUUUGCCAGCUAAACCACUGCCACCCAUUGUAAUGGUGAAUAGUACACACUCUUGUAGACGAAUUUGCUACAUAGCAGUGUUUACUAAAGGAGUUAUUAAAUGUAAAUUAUAAAGACUGUAAUACAAAUGAUUUAUAUAAACAUUACAGUCUAAUGCAAUGAGCCAAGAGUAAACAGAUCUGCAAUCUUCAUUUCUUAAGAAUUUUUUUGUUAGUGUUGUUAUGCGUUUUACCCAUUUCAGGGUAUGGCUCAAAUAUAUCUGAAAAAUGUUAAUUUAAUAAUCUUAUUAUAAUGCACUGCCGUUGAAGUAAAGGUUUUGUAGCUGAAUACUGUUUAUUGUAGAAUUUGCGUCACCUGUGUUAGAUAACUUUUUGAUUCCUUAUAAUGUGAACUUUGCAUUGUGUAAAGCAUUAAAUUUUAUAGGGAACAAAUUUAAUAUAUUUAUUUAGUCAAUUGUUUUAUCUGAUCAAAAAUACUACAAAAUAUUGUCUGGUUACAUUUAUUUAAAGUUUUUUGCAGACACUUCAUAAUUUUUUAAUGGCAUUCUAAGUUUACCAGCAACUGCAUCAUUUUAAUAGGAUGGUGUCUAUUUGUUGGCAAGCUUGUCACUUACCAGUUUUCAGGUGUGAUAAAGCUUCUAGAAAUGUGUUUCCCUAGUUAUUAUUCAAAAUGAGCACAAGAGAACCUGCCUCAACCACAACUACAAGACACAUUACUCAUUUUGUAUUUAGAAAUAUUGAUUAGAAGUUCUUCAGUGUUGGUCCAUGCUGGAAAUCCCCACACAGAAGUUCCCCCAGCAGUUUAUUUUAGCUGAAACUCUGACCAUGUGAAAAGUGAGUUCAAACCUUUUGAGGAAAACCUGUUUUCCCCAUUGGAGUUCUUGGGUAGAAUAUAAAAGGAAAUGGCCUUUUUUUUGAUGAUUAGAUUACACUGACCUUGAUUUAUUAAAAUCUGCUCGAUCCCAAUUGGAUUGUAUCUUUCAGUCACAAGUUUGAUGUUUUUUGGUAUCGGUAAUCACAUGCCUGUUCAAUGGGCAUAUUUCUGUUGCUUACAUCUCAGCCUAAAGCCUGACUUUGCUGUCAUAAAUUGGGACUGGUAAAACAUAAGAUCAAACCUACCAACAUGAAAUCUUUCGCUCAACUUCACUGUGAAUAUGCUAUUUUACAUUCUCCAUUGGUCAGUAAAUUAGAUACAUAACAUGAUCUUCAUUAUUUCCAGGGAGAAAAUGUGGCUUUUCAUUUUUCAAUUGUAAUUUACUUUUUAAAAAUAAGUGGCUUUGCACUACUUUAAAUCUAAAGUCAAUGUCAUAGAAACCAGGCAGCUGGCAUUGCAGAAAUACUUGCCCUCAUUGGGAGCAGAAACCUUUCCCUGAAUAAUGUGCAAGAUAGCUAAUGGAUCACUCCUCCCCACAUGCAAGCUUCUAAAACCUUUGGAGAGCACAACGCUUUUUAUAUUGAAAGUGCAAUUUAGUACUGUGCCGUUCGUACUUUACCAGCAUUGACUUGGGGAUGGUCCGGGCCACUCUGAAGCUAGAAAGGAAUGAGCUCUCUCCACUUCAGGUUCCAUUGUAUUUUUAAAUAAAAACUCUUAAAUGUUAAUUCAGUCAUUAGGAACUUAAGCGGCUGGUCCGCUGAUUCUUUUUGUCGUAACUGGUGGGUAUUUCAUUAACACAAAACCUUUUUAUGUACACUGGAUAGUUUGGUACUUUUUUUGUGUUUUAUACUUAAUAUUCUGUUACUCUGUCUACUCAGUGCUCUCAAACCAGGUAUUGCAUAAACAGUGAAUAUUUGUCCUGUAAUUGGUGUAUGUUCAUAAAUUGUGAUGUGCCAAAAACGUCUGGUGUAGUUGGU